AUGAAGGUUGCCAUCGUGGCCGCCGGCGAUCUCGCCCGCUACUUCAUCGAGGAGCUCCGUGCUCAGGGCCACGAAGUCAUAACCAUCUCCCGCUCCAAGAAGGACCACCUCGACAAACUCGGCAUCUCCCAACACGUAUCCGACUACUCAGUCUCAAGCCUGACCAGCAUCCUCAAUGACUGCGACGCCGUGAUUUGCACCAUCCGCGCCGGCGUCCCCAACUUCACCACCGUCCACAAAGCUAUUCUCCAAGCGUGCCAGACUUCACCCAGAUGCAAGCGCUUUAUCCCGUCCGCAUGGUCCGGUAAUCUCGAAGGGUUCCCCGACGAGCCACUCGAAUGGGCCGACGAGCUACAGCCCACGCUUCGGGCGUUGGGGGCCCAGAAGGAAGUGAGUUGGAGUGCGAUAUGCCCCGGGUGGUACGCAGACUACGUGUAUCCCGCCAAACAGCGCUACCUAGUUGACAUUGGGGAGAUGUGGCCCCAGAACUACAAGGACAAGGAGUUCACGCUCUAUGGGAAGGGGAGCCAGCUCGUCAACUUCACGUCGGUGCGCGACACUGCUCGUGCGACGAUUAUGCUUCUGCAGCACGAUCGUCACGAGUGGGACCAGUACACCUAUCUGUCUGGCGAGCAGCGCACUUGGAAACAGCUGAGUGAGUUUAUCACGGCCCGGGAUCCAGCGUAUACCGUCAAGAGCAAGUCGCUGGCGAGCAGUAUCAGGCAGUACAUCGCCAGGGAGAGCGAGGAGAGUACCACGGCGGCUAUUUUUGAAAUCUGGGGCCACUCAGAGUCAUUGAUGUUUCCUUGGGAAAAGGCCCAGAGGCACCGGGAGAAGUUCUUUCGAGGCCUCAAGUUCCGCACGAUUGCCGAGUUGGCCGAUGAGGCGGCUGCGGCGCCGGCGAGCUUUCCGUGA